UGAAAUAUAUCUUAAAUAAAUUCUUUAGUCUUAAUAUAUCUCUAAAAAAUUAAAAAUAUUUUUUUUUCUCACUUUAUGUACGAAUAUAAAUUAAUUGUUUUAUCAUAAUUUCAAAUUUCGCGCGUAUUUCGCGAAAACGCGGCACACAACGGACGCCAUGAUUGUUUUUUGGUCAUGACGUCAUUACGUUACUAAACAAACUACAGCUGUCAGUAAUACAUAUUUUGAUAUGUAUUGAAAAUUUUAAUAAUGAGUAAUUAUGCUCCGUAUCGUUGGUGUGUUGUUUCUGAAUGUAAGAACACUAGUGUAAAAACACCAGACAAAUUAUGGAUUCAAGUACCAGUGGAUAUGAAUAUGAGAAACACUUGGUUAAAAGUUGCGAGACGAGAUCCCGGACUGUUAUCAGAUAAAUCUCGUUUAUACUUUUGUGAAGAUCACUUUGAUUUGGAACAUGACAUGGAAAAUUAUAUAAAGUAUAAAAUAAUGGGUUCAGUAAAAAGGAUUAAAAUGAAACCUAAUUGCAUACCCUCCAGGUUUGCUUGGAAUAGAAAACAUAAGAUUUUAAAAGAAUCACAUCCUACUGAAGCUAAAAGGCAAAGAGUAGCCUUACCUGAGGAUUCUUAUCAUGAUUAUAAAGAAGCAGAGAAUAAUGAAGUGUCAUCUUAUACAGAAGGUUCAUGUACACCAUCAGUAGCAGGGUCAACAGUUGAACAAGACUAUUCUCCAUCUAAAACAAGCAUGUCCAAAACUACUUCAGACAGCAGCUUACAAGAUGAACAUAAAAAACUUCAAAAAAUAAAUUUGCAAAGUACAAUAAGUAAAAUAAUUGAUAAGCCUAAACUUUACAUAGGUAUUAAUAAAAAUCUAUAUUUUAUCAUUGAUUUAAUUAAAAAGCAUACAGAUAUCACUGUGCCCAAUAUUUUAUUAUGUUUAAUGAAAAUUAAGUUAAAUAGGACUUUCUCACAAAUAUCAGAUGAUUUCGAUUUAUCUGUGACCCAAGCGAGUAAUAUAUUUAAUAACAACAUGCCAGGUAUUGUUAAAGUCCUUUCACCAUUUGUCAAACAAUUUUCAAGUACAUCAAUAAAAAAUAAUUUACCUAUAGCUUUUCGACACAGAUAUAACCAGGUGACAUGUAUCAUUGAUUGCUUGGAAAUAGAAAUCCAAAAACCUUCUAAGGCUAUGCAUCAAGCAUUGACCUGGUCAGAAUAUAAGAAAACAAAUACCAUUAAAUACCUUGUCUCAUGUACUCCUGAUGGACUCGUAAACUUUGUGUCAAAUGGCUAUGCAGGAAGAAUUAGCGAUGUAAGCCUGUUAGAAGAAAGUUUGUUUUUGGAAAGCUUGAAUCCAGGCUCAUAUAUUUUAGCUGAUAGAGGUUUUAAAAAUGUAGAAUCAUUCUUGUCUCAAAAAGGAUUUUUCCUACUAAGGCCACCAAGUGUUCAUACCGGGAUGAAAUUAUCUAAAAAAGAAGUAAAGCAGACCAAGCAAAUUGCCAGUCUUAGAAUCCAUAUUGAAAGGGUAAUUAGAAGACUGCGUGAAUAUAGCAUUUUAAAAAUGCAUACAGUUGUCAAUACUAAUUUAAUUGGCAUUUUGGAUUUAUGUAUUACAACAGCAUGUGCAUUAAUUAAUCUACAAGAUUCUUUAAUUAAAUAAAUAAUUGCAAAUAUA